UGCAUGGAACCAGUUUACCGAAUGCUCGUCAAAACCUGUGGACAUCAGACUCGCUCGCGUAAUUGCACAUGUCACAUGUGUGGCGAACAAAUACCCAUCGGACCGCUGCCUUGCGUCAACAUCAACAACACCGUUAACAGCGAGUCUGACGUCGACCACUGUGAGGAUGCGAAGAACAUAGGAACUAUUGAGGUGAAGGCCUGCGGACCAUCGUGCCACGGCCUUGACAUCGCCAGAGCAUUCAUUCGACAUCUUUAUCGGAGCACCGAAGACUUCCUGUUUGAAGAAUUUCUUCGAUUUCUUGCAGGACGCAUUCGCCCCUAUCUAGAGAUUUUGCAAAGGUCGUGCGCUGAAUCAUAACGAUUGCAUAUGUCGAUAUAUCGAUAUGUAUAUCGAUGUAUCGAUAUGUUGAUAUGUCGAUUACUCGAGAGAAAUUGUGACGCAGUUUUCUUGCAUUCCAUAUAUAGAAUAUACUUUAUAAGUGCGUGUGACAAGCCCUUUCAAAUGCAUUUAUUUUUACAAUACGCUGAAUGAAGAUAUAUCUAUAAAACACACACACACGUCUUGCAUUGACAUGUAUAGGUUGACUUGUAACGUCAAUCAUACUAAAGGAUCAAUAUAUGAGAAUAAAUUUGCUUAUUAUCAACCUA